AUGGUUGUAUCGGUUUUGCGAUUUAUGAUGAAUUUAUUUUUGUAUCCAUUCGCACUCGCUUUUCUAUUAUUUUACCGUAUCUUACAAUGGUCUGGUCUAAAAGCAAUGAACUAUGAUUUCCAUAAUGAAAUUGUACUCAUAACUGGAUCAGCACGUGGCGUUGGUAGACAAAUUGCACUUGCGUUUGCUCGUUCAGGUGCAUCGCUAGCAUUGUGGGACAUAGACGAUAUUGGCAACCGCGAAACACUUCAAAUGUGUUUAUCAUUAGGUAUACAUGUACGGUGUUACCAUGUUGACAUAACAAAGUAUAACGAUGUUCAUUUACAUGCUGAACGCGUUCGAAAAGAGUUAGGAAAUGUUACUAUUCUAGUGAAUAAUGCUGGUCAUUUUAGUGGUAAAACAUUUUUACAAGAAUCCGAAACAGAUAUUGAACAGACGUUCUCAUGCAAUAGUCUAUCUUGUAUAUGGUUAACAAAAUUAUUUUUACCCUAUAUGUUAGAUAUUAAUUAUGGACACAUUGUCAUUGUUUCGAGUAUACUCGGUCUAGAACCAACGCAUGGGCCGAUAACAUAUGCCGCAUCAAAAUUUGGCUCCGUUGGUUUUAGUCAAUCGUUGAUCUAUGAACUAAAAUCUAUAAAUUCAGAUACCAAAGUGAACGUUCACUGCAUAUGUCCAUAUUUUAUCACAACAACAAUGUUCAAUGGUUUCAAACCAAAACUACAAUUUUUAAUUCCUGCAUUAGAUGCGAGUUAUGUUGCUAUACAAACACUUGAUUCGAUUGCAUGGAAUAGACAAUUAGUUAUACUACCAUAUCGGCUGAAAUAUAUAACAUUUCUAAGCCAUGUGCUACCAAAAUGGUUAAAAAAACAAUUAAUGUUUUAUGUUGCCGGACAGAAACCAUUAGACAUGUUUGUUAAUAAACAGAAAAGAGAUUAUAUGUCAUAG